AGUAGCCCAAGGAGUAUAAGGGAAUUGAAGAGUGAAGCAUGCUGCAGUGUGUUACGUUAUACAUUGCAUAUAUUAUUGUAAUCAUUGUUUAUAAUUGCUAACAAUAAAGUGCUCUUCAGCAUAAAAUCAUUUAAAAUAAUAGUGUCACAAUUCUAUUCAGAAUGGCACUUUCGGUUUGGACUAUCGUUGACGGGUAUCGAGACAUUAUGGACAAUCAAAGCGAUCCAAGGGUGAAAGACUGGCCGUUAAUGGAAUCUCCGCUUCCCACCUUGUGCAUUUGCCUAUCAUACGCCUACUUUGUUAAAGUAUUGGGGCCUAAGCUUAUGGAAAAUCGCAAACCACUCAAUCUUACCCGAAUUUUAAUUGUGUACAAUUUGGCGCAGGUGCUAUUUAGUGCAUGGUUAUUUAACGAGAGCAUAAUAGGCGGUUGGUUAACCCACUACAGCUUUAAGUGCCAACCGGUCGACUAUUCCAAUGAUGCGAGGGCACUUAGGAUGGCACAUGGGUGUUGGUGGUACUAUAUAUCCAAAUUCACCGAAUUUUUUGACACAAUUUUCUUCGUUUUGCGCAAGAAGAAUAACCACAUCUCAACGCUGCAUGUAAUACAUCACGGAAUAAUGCCCUUGUCGGUAUGGUUUGGCGUUAAGUUUACGCCAGGUGGUCAUUCCUCGUUCUUUGGUUUUCUAAACACGUUCGUCCAUAUUGUUAUGUACACAUACUACCUGCUUGCAGCAAUGGGUCCGCGAAUGCAAAAGUACUUAUGGUGGAAGAAAUAUUUAACCGCACUUCAAAUGGUUCAGUUUGUCUUGGUGAUGCUCCACGCGUUUCAACUGUUGUUCAUCGAUUGCGACUACCCCAAAGCAUUCGUGUGGUGGAUUGGUCUUCAUGCAGUCAUGUUCUACUUUUUAUUUUCAGAUUUUUACAAGCAAACGUACAUGAAGAAAACGGCGAAGAAGAUCGUGCAGGUCAAUGGUGCCGUUGGCAACAAAUCGAAUGGAAUAUGUUUUACAUCCCAAACACCUCUGUACGAAACAUCCCAAAACGUUAAAGGGAUCGCUAGAAGCUAUACGUCCGAGAGUAACGCGGAGCUGAGACAUCGGGCAUUCAUUGAUAGCGCAUGCAUAAAUGCCAAUCAUUGAGUCGUUGGCUUCUCUACUUUUUCCAAAGAUAACGUAAUAAGUGCAAAAGUGACCGACCGCGUGAACGUAUGCAAUGCUGGUGCGUACCUACUUUAAAACCGAUCUACGAUUUUCGUUUAGUUACUUACCCAAUUCUCGUACUCGUACGAGAUAAGGCUUGAGGAAAAUUGUUACUACCUAUCUCUGUAUAUAAUUAGUCUUAGUUAAUAGCGCAAUUAAUUAAUUAUUUUUUAUAAAUAACAUUGUUUACGAAAGUGAAAAA